AUGAAAGUACAAAGAAAUGGAUAUUAUCCAUUAAUUUCAACCUAUGAAGGCGAACUAGUAAAUAUCUUUCGAUUUGAAGAUUCCUUAAUUUAUAAAGCUUCAAAUGAUCAAUUAAUUCAAGAUUCGAUUAUUGAAAAUAAAGAUAAUCAAUUAAUUCAAGAUUCAGUUAUUGAAAAUGAAGAUAGUUAUAUUCUUGGAAGUGACGAUUAA